AUUCCUUUCUCCAACAAGCGGCAGUUCAACCAUCAAUGUCAAACAGUGUCUCGAACCCUGUCCAUUCGUUAUCCCCGCCACGGCUCACUUUUUAGACUCUUUUCCCACCGCCUUCAUUCAUUUUCUCCUUUUUGCCGCCGACGACAGCAUUUGUCCCUUUUAUCCGAUCCUUUGCCUGCUUCUUCUAUAGAUCAUCGACUGUGUUCGACAUCCCAAUAACGUGUGGUGGGAGAGUGGAAACAUGGUCGCUGGCGAUACCUCGGAUAAAUCGCCCCUCGUUUCUCUGAUCGCCGGAGGAACCGCUGGUGGUAUUGAAGCCACCAUCACAUACCCAUUUGAAUUCGCCAAGACUAGAGUCCAGCUGCAUGAGGAUUCGCCUACGCGGAACCCAUUCAAGGUCAUCCGCAAUGUGAUCCAGGUCGAAGGGCCUCGGUCUUUGUACAAGGGCUGUGAGACAUUGGUCGUAGGCACCAUCGCCAAGGAUGCCAUCCGAUUCAUCUCCUUUGACAGCAUCAAGAUCGCCUUCCGCGACCCAGAGACAGGGACGUUAUCCCCUGCGCGCAAUCUCCUGGCCGGGAUUGCUAGCGGUGUCGUGGCCAGCACCCUCGCCGUUACCCCGACUGAACGCAUCAAGACUGCUCUGAUAGACGACGCUCGACAUGCCAAGAGAUUUACGUCGCCGUGGCAUGCGACCCGCACUCUGAUUGCUGACCAUGGCCUGAUACGGGCUCUCUAUCGAGGCUACGUUACCACCACGCUCAAACAAGCGUCCACCACCGCCGUCCGACUUGGCACCUACAACAUCCUCAAGGACUUUGAACGUCUGCGCAACAUUCCCCAGACCACCGCCACCACCUUCGCCAAUGGCGCUCUCGCAGGCACCAUCGUCGUCUUUGCCACUCAACCCUUUGAUACCCUAAAAACCCGCGCCCAGAGUGUCAAAGGCGCCGGUGUCGCCGAGGCUUUUCGGACCGUCAUCGCCGACUAUGGCGUCAAGGGUCUGUGGAGAGGCAGCACCAUGAGACUUGGCCGUACUGUCCUCGCCGGCGGAAUCCUCUUCACCUCGUAUGAAUGGAUCGCCACCAUCAUAUCACCCGUGCUUGACAAGACCCUGUUACCUGUCGAGAGGGCCAAUUAACCUCGACCAAGCUAUAUGCCACUCGCCAUGUUGUCACCAUCGUCGUCAUCAUCUGAUCGAUUUACCUCAAGCGAAUGGCCUUCUCAUUCCACGGUUCGGCCCAUCAGUCGAAGACAUGCACAUCAAUCCUGCAUGUGCAAACGGCGACAUUCAUUACUCGAGAAUUGCGAGUGAACCACAGACGACUGCCACGCAUUUCAGCUCCCAAGCGGAAUCCUCAGUCUCAUGACAUCCGACCAUCGAGUCUCUGAAAUACACCCUUAUCCACAACGUAAGCUGUCUGCUACCGCAGAACGUGUGAAUCCAUCUCCAUUAUGACGACAGAAAUCAACCCGACAGCGUCACUCCCACCUCCUGCAUAUCCAACCAUACUCUUCACAUCAUCUACCACUUUUCUCCAUCUGUAUGCUACAAUCCUGUAUCCUCAUUCUGGGCAGUGGUUUCUGCCGGAAUGACGCGGGCAAGGGGACCUCAUAUGACGACAUGAUAAUUAGACAUCUCAUUUUCCCAGUUCAAUGUCGAGUGUCAAUGAUAUCAAAGCUAGACAUCUCUUUUCACGAGCGGACGUCUUGAGUUACAGAUGUUCAAGCAGCAAGUCCUGGUCUAAGCGGCAUAGCAAUGUCAUAGUGGUAGCAGGAACAUACUUUAUGGGCACUACAGGGCCGAAGGCACGACAAUACAACACAAUAC